GCAGUCAACCUAGUUACGUGUAAUCUUACAUUAACAGUUUAAAUGCAAGUGACAGCUGUUGCAUGAUGGGUAAAGUGCUACUAGCGAACAUAUUUAAAAACCUCAAAAUGGACAAAAAUCUUGUUGACACAACGAAGGGAAAAAAGUAUUUGGCGGUGCAUAAGGAAUUUCGUAGUGAUCCUAGCAUAGGUGCUUCUGAACAACUUGUUGUUGACAAAUUCAAUAAUAUAAUAUUUUGCCUGCAACGGGACACCAUUGAAAAUCUUUAUUAUGCGGAUCAGCUGCCCCUUAAUCCUGAUUUAUUAACAGAUCGAUGUAAUGGAUUAAAAAAACUUACAGAAGAAAUCGAAAAAAAUAUUGAUUUGAUAUGUGAAUUGGAAUAUUUAAUUAGAAGCAUUCCUGUUCGAGAAACCAAACACAGUAUCCAUCUUAUCUUGCAGCAUUUACGGUUUUCGAGUGAAACUGAAUUGAUCACAGUGGAAGAGCUGUGUUUAAUCCGAAAUGAUACGCCUUUACUGGCUGUGGGUUGUUAUUUUCAGUCAUUUAAACUGUACGAAUUCUCGUACCUCUACGCAACAAAUGAAACCGCUGUAAUUUGUCAUUUAAUUACCAAAUUAUGUCAAAAUGUGGGGUUAGAUUGUCUAAAAUUAGUAAUUGGAGAAUCUAAUGUUUUAUCAACUAGAUUCAUAGAGUUCACUAAUUUAUUCCAUGGUUUUGCGCCAGAGGUCACCGGAAUCAUCACGGAAAAAUCUGAUAUAGACUCAGCUGUAGACAUUUUUCUUAACUGUGAACGUCAUCCAUUUCUGCUCUCACGUAUAUUUGUACAAGAAAGCAUAUAUAAGGAUUUUAAGGACAUCAUUGCUUGGAAAUGUAAAUCACAACAAAAUACCAACAUCAGUUUCAAAUCAAACUGCACAGAUGCUUUCAAAUAUGAAAACAAAACAUUUUACCUGGAUUAUGCUGGCAAUAUUGAAGAAACCAAAAAUCAAAACGACCAAUUGGUAUUCGUCGAAGCAUUCAGAACAAUUAAUGAACUGCUUUCUCUCUUAAAUAAGUCUCAAAAGCGUCUUUGUUUGUCUAUAUGGGCAAGCGGAGUAUCAGAAGCGAAUGAAAUGGCACUGAACGUGAACGUACCCAUUAUCUGGAUAAAUGAUUAUUGCAAAUUUGAUGGACCUCCCGAAGUAUCACAGGCCAUAUUUGAUAAAACAUACUUAAGUGGUAAUGUUUCCACUAAAAAAGAGACUAUACAACACUUGUCGCAGCAUCAGAAGGCGUGGGAGAAAAAAACUUUCAUGGAACGUUAUGAAAAAGUUAUUAAAGCAUUUGAAACGGCUAAUCAAGACAUAGCAAAUGACUUAAAAGCAAAAAUAAAAUCAUACUGGAAGUGCAAUAACUUCAUUGCAGUGGAAAAUAAAACUAUGGUAAUGGGAUUUAAAUCUCCUAUCCCUUUGAUAAGCUUUUAUUGGACCUAUGAAUUAAACCAUAAUAUCAACCAUCCUAAAAUGGUAUCUAUAUGGCUAAGUUUUGCCAGGGCACUUAUAAAUGGAAGUGCUAUAGGUUAUCGCAUUAUAAAGAGCAGGAAUGACGACUUAAUAUCAGAUUUACUUAAAUCUUUGUCAGAAUUUGGUCUUCCAAUAACUGAAAUAAAAACCACGGAUUCCUCAAAUUUACAACAUAAGAUGAUAUAUAGUUAUUAUGCUGAAUGUUUUCAAACCAAGGUUAUCUGGACCAGCUUCGGGACCACUUUUGCAAACUAAAAGAGUGUUUGACUUGUUUGUUUG